ACCCCAUCUUCAACUGCAAAUAGUUGUAAUAAUUCUGCCAGCAACACCCCAGGAGCCGCAGAAACUAACUCAUCCAGUAGUCCUACUCCUCCCUCCAAUAGCACACAAGAGGAGACACAACCAUCCAGCAGGUCUGAUUUAAGUCCUAUAUCAAUGCCUUUUGCAUCUAACUCAGAGUCUACUCCAUUGACAUUGGCAUCACCCAGAUUGGUUGCUGCUGAUAAUCAGGACGCAAGUAAUUUACCUCAGUUAGCUGUACCAGCACCUCGAGUUUCUCAUCGAAUGCAGCCCAGAGGUUCUUUUUACUCAGUGGUACCAAAUGCAACUAUACACCAAGAUCCUCAGUCUAUUUUUGUUACAAAUUCAGUACCUUUAACACCACCUCAAGGCCCGCCAGCUGCAGUGCAGCUUUCUUCAGCCAUGAACAUUAUGAAUGGCUCUCAGAUGCACUUUAACCCAGCAAAUAAAUCUUUGCCACCUACAUUUGGCCCCACUACACUUUUCAAUCGCUUCAGCAGUCUUUUUGAUAGCAGUCAGGUGCCAGCUAACCAGGGUUGGGGAGAUGGUCCCCUGUCCUCUCGAAUUGCUGCAGAUGCCUCUUUUACUGUUCAGUCAGCAUUCCUGGGUAACUCUGUACUUGGACACUUGGAAAAUGUACACCCUCACAACUCCAAGGCACCUGGCUUUAGACCACCUUCUCAGAGAGUUUCUACUAGUCCUGUUGGGAUACCAUCCAUUGAUCCAUUAGGAAGCUCCUCAUCUUCCUCUUCUACUCCUCUCACAAGUUUUUCCAACAUACCCGGAACACGCGUUUUCCUGCAAGGACCAGCUCCUGUUGGGACACCCAGUUUCAGCCGACAACAUUUUUCUCCCCAUCCUUGGACAAGUGCUUCAAACUCAUGUGACUCUCCUAUUCCAUCUGUUUCUUCGGGAUCAUCUUCACCUCUUUCAGCCACUUCUGCCCCACCUACAUUGGGCCAACCAAAAGGAGGCGGUGCCAGUCAGGAUCGAAAGAUACCUCCCCCCAUUGGAACAGAGAGACUAAUUCCCGGGGUCACAACUCCAAUAGCACCACUCUCCAAGCUGGAGGAGCUGAAGGAGAAGGAGACAGAGGAAGAGAUACCCGAUGACGCACAAUUUGAAAUGGACAUCUGA